UGGAAAAAGGCAGCUGUCGUGUUGCUCCCUCCUACAGAGCAGAACAAACGCUAUAUUCAUCUGCCCCUGAAACUCCCCCGAGCAACUUCAGGACAGACGGAGCCCAAUAAUAUCAUUAAUGCAGCUGGACGCAGACACACACACUGUCUGAUCCGAUCCACUGUCAGUUCUUACAAUGUGGAAGAUCUGUGGUGUCCUGAUCGCCUGGGCUCUGCUGCUCAUGCUGCAUGUGCGAGCUCAGACUCAAAACAGACAGACCUUCACCUGUGGUGGGAAUAUCACAAGAGAGUCGGGUGUUAUUGGUAGUCAGGGUUAUCCGGGCGUCUAUCCGCCGAAUACUAAAUGUGUGUGGAGAAUUACAGUUCCAGAGGGCAAAGUGGUCGUCCUCUCAUUUCGUUUUCUCGACUUAGAAAGUGACAACCUGUGCCGGUAUGAUUAUGUGGAUGUUUAUAGCGGCUAUGCCAAUGGACAGCGUCUCGGCCGCUUCUGCGGGACGUUCAGGCCAGGAGCCCUUGUUUCUACAAAUAACAAGAUGCUCAUACAGAUGGUAUCGGAUGCCAAUACUGCUGGCAGCGGCUUCUUGGCCGUGUACUCUGCUGCCAACCCAAAUGAACGAGGAGAUCAGUACUGUGGUGGGAGAUUAAUGAAGCCAUCAGGAACCUUCAAGACCCCCAACUGGCCAGAGAAAGACUAUCCUGCUGGAGUCACGUGUUCUUGGCAUAUAGUAGCACCGAAGAACCAGAUUAUAGAGGUGAAAUUUGAGAAGUUUGAUGUGGAGAGGGACAACUACUGCCGUUACGAUUACGUAGCAAUUUUUAAUGGUGGAGAAAUCAAUGAUGCUAAAAGAAUUGGGAAAUACUGUGGUGACAGCCCACCAGCACCCGUGUUCUCAGAAGGGAAUCAGCUCUUCAUUCAGUUCCUCUCAGAUCUCAGUUUAACAGCAGAUGGCUUUAUUGGUCAUUACAAAUUUAGACCCAAGAAAUUUCCCUCCACAACCGUUCCACCGACCACGACAGCACCACCCACCACCAGACCUAUACUGAUCACUGGAACGGUCAUCACCGCUGUAACGAGGGGAGGUAGCAUGUACGCCACCAUCUCCAUAACUAAUGUCUACAAGGAAGGUAACCUUGCUAUCCAGCAGGCUGGCAAAACCAUGAGCACAAAGAUUGUCGUCCUUUGCAAGAAGUGCCCCUACAUCAGACGGGGUUUGAACUACAUCUUCAUGGGCCAGGCAGAUGAAGAGGGACGUGGAAUGAUCGCCCCCCAUCAUUUCAUAAUGGCUUUCAAGGCCAAGAACCAGAGGGUCUUCAACAUGCUGAAGAACAAACGCUGCUGAGUUCUUACAGACAAUCUUUGGUCUCAAAAUCCACACAUGGAUGUGUGAUGUCUUCAUAUUUGCCCUGCAUGUCCCAACUUCCUUCAUCGCCCUCUCCAAAGGAGGCCGAGGACUGUUGAAGCACAUGGCACACGCCUGGUUGGGCUCUCUUGGUUCCUACUUCUCUUCUGACUGUUGUGAUGAGCAUCAAAAUGGCAGCAAGAGCAAAGGUAGUAAGACAUGACAGGCGAAGAAAGCUAGAAUGUAAAGAUCAAGAUGAUAGUGUUUUGGCACCAUUUACAAGAUAUUUCUAGAUUUAUGAUCAAUUAGAAAAGUUAGAGAAGCUUUGUUGCUGAUGUCUAAAAGGCAAUAAACUAGUAGCACACCUUUGAAAUCAUACUGGAUAUGUUACAUUUUGUCUAUAAAAUAUUUUCAUAGAAAUGGAUUACUA